CAUCUCUAUGGAAAUUGGAGGAAGAAAUACCCUGGACAGGAAAUGAAAGGAGCACUUUGGUCUGCUGCAAGAGCAAAUACUAUGUCACAUUGGGAGAAGACAAUGGAUAAGUUGAAAGAAUUGAAUGAGGAGGCUUGGAAUGACAUGAAGCAGAUACCUAUCAAACAAUGGAGCAGAGCUGGCUAUAGCACAUACCCAAAAUGUGACUUGCAAGUUAAUAACAUGUGUGAGGCCUUCAACAGAGCAAUCCUAGAGUAUAGGGAUAAACCUAUAAUCAACAUGCUUGAAGGAUUGAAGUUCUAUCUUACCAACAGGAUUGUGAAGCAAAGGGAUAUGGUUAUUAGGUACCAGGGUGAUCUAUGUCCAACCAUUCAGAAGAAAUUAGAGGUGUCUAAGAGAGACGCUGCUGCAUGGCUUCCUUUAUCUGCUGGAGACCCUAGGAAUUCACUUUUUGAAGUAACUAAUGGGACUUGGAAGUAUGCAGUGAACUUGGAUGCUAAAUCUUGUGCAUGCAGAAGGUGGGACCUAACUGGUAUCCCUUGCUGCCAUGUUGUAGCUUGCAUAUGGUACAACAACACCAGGCCUGAGGAUUUUGUAGACCCUUAUUACUGGUAAUUGUGUUAAUGUUGUAUCUUGUAUUACUGAAAUUGUAUGUUGCAUAUCUUGUAUUACUGAUAUCAUCUCAUUUAUGUGUUUAGGAAAAGUACGUUUUUGAGGACAUAUGAAAAUAUCAUACUACCAUCAAAUGGUCCUGACUUGUGGCCUAAUCCUGGGAAUAAUGUAUUGCCAAUCAUCCCACCAGCAAUGAGGAGGGCUCCUGGAAGACCAAAGAAAAAAAGGGUGAGGGCUGCUGAUGAGCCCAGAGAUCCACAUAAGCUGCAAAGGUUUCAAUCAACUGUCUUUUGUGGCAACUGUAGAAGGGCAGGCCACAACAUCAGAUCAUGCAAGGCAAAAACAGCUGCUGAUAUUGUUAUUCCACCAGGAGGGAAUAAGAAACAGAAGAAGAAGACUAAAGAGGCAAGUGGCAGUGGAACAACUGAGGGAGCAACAACUCAGCAACCACCCCUAAACCCAACUAAU